UCCCCUCUGAAUCCAUGCGAGGAAUGCGCAGGCAAAAAUAAUGACAGAUAAUCACAUCGGCUUUGUAAUCUAUGGCAAAGUGCCUGGAGAAAAGUUGAUUCAGCUGCGAUUUGAAAAACAAAAAACAAAAAAAAAAUCUAUUUCUGUUGCAAACACAUUCACAGGGUAGUAUCUUCCUUUAUGUUCUGGUACGCUCUAGUUUGGACCUGUGCAGGUCUAUGGAUGUAAACGUGCACAUAAAUCAAGUCAUUUGGAUUUUUGGGGGGUUAUUUUUGAAGUUUUGGAAGUUGUCUAUCUUUCAUCGUCUGAUCUUUUCUGUGAAUUAGGAUUUGAAGGACGAGAAAAAGAAAGCCAGGAUGGCAGCAGCCAGAGCCGUGCUGGAGAAAUGCACCAUGAUGCUCCUCACAGCCUCCAAGACUUGCCUGAGGCAUCCGGAUUGUGAGUCGGCAAGGAUCAACAAAGACGCCGUGUUCCACCGAAUGCGCUGCGCCCUGGAGCAGGUCAUCGAAAUAGUUACUGAGGCACGGAGCUGCGGGGAGAACAAGAUCCUGUCUGCCAGCAUCUGCAACGGCAUCAAGGAUUUCAAGGUAGACUGAGAGGACAACACCGAACGUAAAU